CCAGAUGUCAUUCUAGGUAUGAGAUUUGGGUACGCACGUGCCGUAGCUUAGCUCAGCCAUCCAUUGAUGUACUCCCAGCGUCACAUCACGCCCGCGACAAGCUACAACAUUGACGACCACUCUACUCCGGCUUCAAUAGCUUCAUCUUGGAGCACUUCCUCUUCGCUUCGACAACGUCGACACCACGCCGUUUGCCACUCCACCCAUCCUGCGGCCACUAAGCCCUCUCGCAAACACGCUGCCGGAGUGCACGCCAUCGCCGACGACUCGAGCUCCGACAACAUCCUCAUCCUGCAAAACGAUGACGACUACGAGGCCAUCGUUCAGCUUCUUCACAUAGCAUCGCUGCUCCCACAGUGCGUCUUGGACGCGAUGUCCACCUCAUCGCCCGCAAUCGAUGUCGCAAUUAGUCUCGGGCCUACAGAAUCCCUCGACGCUCUUGUCAACAAACUCCAGACAUGCUGCGACCCGAGUGAGCGGCUGGAAUGCAUGAUACAGUGCUGGACAAAGUACCAGAGCCAACCAGAAUGGAACGCGGCGUCGCUAGACCGAUGGAAGGAGCUGGACAAGCUGCUAGGAAAGAACAUGCUCGAUGCCGUGGACAAUGACGUGGUGAGCCGGGCUCGUGAGCUGGCAAUCGCCUCACAAAGAGAUCCAAAGAACGAACCCACGGAGCUCCUAGGACGCCUCGCUGCGCUGCACGACACGGAAUGGAAGCUCCGCCCUUACGAGCUCCUUCGCGACCUCCACGAAGAUGCGCUGAAAGACAGCUUCAUGAAAGACCUUCGUCGAAUUGCGUGCACCAUCAAAGACGCUGCGGGCGCAACGGUGCCGUGGGUAGUUACCGUCAUUGCUCUGCACAAUGCUGCUGCCACACGGCUACGCAAAGCAAAACACAGAGCUACACGCGAGCGCUUUCGGGCCCCCGAUACAGAUGACGCGAUCAAGGCACUCAUCGAGGGCGAGGAUGCACAAUUUCAUGUCGUUGCUCAUAAAAAAAGGAAGCGAGCGCCAGCGGUUACUCUUGGCGAUGGUUCUAAGCCGCGUGACCAUGCCACGGAGCAGGGCGAGCAUGAUUUGGGGGAGAAUGCAAUGAAGCAGAACAAGCGGAAGGAUCUACUGGGAGAGAGCGAGCUAAUCGCAGAUGAUCUUAGAGAAGGCGGCGAUGAUGAGCGAAACGGAGACACCUACGCAGGCGCUGUGCAUCAAAUUGGCCUAUGGACGACACCUCCUCGCCCUGAGACGCGACGCGCUAUGAUCUUUCCACCCUCUGGAACCCCGGUGGACCGAGAGACUGCAAUGAGAACAGCAACGGCCGAUAUCAUUGAUCUGAGUCUGCGCACCGAAGUGACGGACACUCACGAUCUGGAUGUAAGCGGAAUUGCAAGCCAGCCUGAUGAUGCCCCUGUGCACGUCAACGACGACCACGGUGAUGAACAGAUGGGACUACCCAACUCGGACGACACGGAGGUCACGGAAGCGUUAGUCGAGGUCGGUUGGCAGGGCUAUGCAUCUCUUGCCACAGGUAACAAUGCGAGCUCGCACAUAUUGUUCGACACAGACCAGAGAAGCGUCUCCACCGCUCCGCGCGAUAACCUUCCUCCGGCUUCGUCUGUCAGCGGCGAAAAGGACAUCUUCAAGACCAGCCCUUGCCUCGCCCGGAAACAUGCACUCACAAUGGAGGCUGCGAACAUGGACACCCCAGACCAUACUGCUAUGAAGGACACCAUGUUAGAACAGUGGGAGCUCGAGCCGGCUCUGCCCUUCCAUGACGCGCCGGUGCCCAAGCCCUCUGCAUUCGUCACUGGCCAACGACCUGCAACGCGGAGUGGGCGAUUGGCCGUAGAGGUGGUGACACGCCAGGAAAUCUCGUCACUACUGACGACGCAUACAGCAAAGUGUCAGGUCUUGCUAACGACGGAUACUGCUGGUGCUCUGCAAUCUUUGCAGCCUGGAAACUGGUUAUCCUCUACGGCAUUGUGUUCCAUCCUCCGUCUAUCUAAUCCAGAUGUCACGCAGCACUUGAUUCUUGACAGCUCCUGCCUGGACGUGUCCGACGCAGCUGAUGUUCACCGCCGAGCUGAGCAUCUCCAGCAGCGUAAAUCUCAAUCGGUCUUCUACAUGCUCAUCAAUACCGGCAACUGCCACUGGGCACUAUGCUUGCUGGAACGCAUCAAUGCGAAGAUGGAAAUGUAUGACCCAUUGCCAUACAGCACGACUCGGUCGCUUCACGCUUAGGGAGCAAUAGAGCAGUACGUUCGUGCCCUUGGCCGCCCUGAUAUACCAACACCCUCGCCGGAUCAAGUGAUUGCGCCCCUUGCGUGGACGACACGACCACCGCCGGCUCUGCAUCAGAGCAACACACACGAUUGUGGUGUAUACGUGGCAGUGCGCGCGAUUUUCCACAUGUACCAUCAGCAAUGCCCCACCAGCAUUGUGCCAGAAGUCUGGCGCCGAGCAUUCGCGGCACUCCUAGACGAUGAAAACGUGGUUUCUCUGAGUGAGGCGCCUUCCUCCCCGCAAUGUAUCCUGAAGACACUGAUACAGGCUAUCAAAGUACCUGUCGAAGGCGAGGAGGACCCCUUUCACUCUCCUCCCAAUUUGGAACGCGCGCUGCAUCAUGACAAAUUGGCUCGCUGUUUGACGCUGCUGCAGCAAGAAACGUGCUUGAUUCAGGAGUUAUACGAGGCCACGUAUGCGGCAGCACAAGCCAAGUCGAAUGAGUUGCAGAGGUGUAUUAAGUGGGCU